AUGUCGCGGUUCGUCCGGGCCUCGAAAUAUCGUCAUGUCUUUGGCCAGACUGGAAAGAAGGAGUACAGCGUCGAGAAUGUCAAAGUGACGGGCAGCGCCUGGGACACGAAUGUCGUUGCUGCCUCUGGGGAAUACCUUAGUAUCAACUGGAAUGCAUCUGGUGGUGGUGCCUUCGCCAUCGUCCCCUUACCCUCCCCCUUCAAUGCGACCACGUUGUCCACAAAACUACCUGACAACCUCCCUCUUGCCCGCAGUCAUACCGCCCCCGUUCUCGACACGGACUGGUCCCCCCAUAACGACAGCAUUGUCGCGUCAGGCGGUGAAGAUGGCAAGGUCAUGAUUUGGAAGGUGGAGAGCUCUGCAUUCGAUGGGUGGGGCGCUGAGGGCUGGAGCCCCGUUGACUUCGACCCUGUUCUUCGCAUUGACGGGUCGCCACGGAAGAUCGGACAAGUUCUUUUCCACCCUACCGCCUCGAAUGUGGUUGCUAGCGCGUCAGGCGAGCAUGUUGUCAAGCUUUGGGACCUCGCUUCCCCUGAAGACCCUCGAACUACUCUUACGGGCCACGGAGACGCGAUACAAAGCCUUUCUUUCAACCCGACUGGCACUCUUCUUGCGACUACGUGUCGCGACCGUAAACUGCGGAUUUUCGACCCUCGUGCUGGUGGCGAAGCGGUACGCAUUACUGACGGGCAUGGCGGUAUCAAAGGGUCUCGCGUUGUGUGGAUGGGAGAGAACGACCGAAUUGCAACGACUGGCUUCAGCAAAAUGAGUGAUCGACAAGUGGCCGUUUGGGAGACUGGGGGAUUAAGCAACCUCAAAACACUUGUCAUUGACCAGUCUGCGGGUGUUAUCAUGCCUUUCUGGUCGGACAACAACAUCUUGUUCCUCGCCGGAAAAGGCGAUGGGAACAUCCGCUACUACGAAUACGAAUCUGACGCACUCUACGCCCUUUCUGAACACAAAUCCUCCGAUCCUCAACGUGGAAUGUGCUUCCUUCCCCGUCGAGCGCUGAACGUUUCCGAAUGCGAAAUUGCCCGUGCUUACAAAGUCAUGGGGUCGACUAUCGAGCCCAUUGCAUUUAUCGUUCCUCGCAAGGCUGAUUCAUUCCAAUCCGACAUCUAUCCACCCGCACCCAGCUCUGAAGCUAGUCUUUCGGCAUCCGAGUUCUUUGCGGGAAAGACUGCUCCGUUGCGAUUGGUCAACCUGGCGGAUGGUGUCAGCUUUGCUAGUUCAGCAAGUGCGACACCAGUCCCUACAAGGACGGCAACCGCACCAGCUCCAACACCAGCUCCCGCCCCCGUUCAAGCACAACCACCUCCACCUAUUGCCCAACCAACCCCUCCUCCGCCACAAGCGAUUCCUCGUGCCGAACCUGUAUAUAGUCGUCAACCGAGCGUCGAUUCAUACUCUGCGCCAACUCCAGCCAAGAGUAGCAGCACGGACAGCGCUCUUGUGGAGGAGAAUGCGCGGUUGACAUCUGAGUUGCGCGAGGCGCGGGAGAAAAUCCGUGGGCUGGAGCUGCAGUUAGAGAGUGUCCGUGCAAAUGCUAGGAAGGCUGCGCAGGCGCUUCUGGAUGGCUAA